UUACCCUGGUCUGACUUAUUACAUGAACUAGAACUACAGUUUGUCUGAGUUCGCAGCAAAACAGUGGAAACUACUCUGAACACAAAGUGAAUAAAAUAGUUGCAGCAACUAGAACUCUACAGACUACAAGUAGAGAAUGUCAAAGACGUUAGUAGAUGACAAGAGUGAGAGCGUGAGCUCACACAUCAUCGUAAUACACAAUGCCGUGAUCGUGACUAUGAAUCCUCAACUCGAAGUUUUCCGACACGGCGGACUCGCGGUGGAAGGUGACAUCAUCAAAGCCAUCGGUCAAUCCGAUCAUGUCCUAAGUCAAUUCUCUCAUCUCCCCUCUGCCCAAUUCAUUGAUCUCCACGGCCACUUCCUACUCCCUGGGUUGAUUAAUACGCAUGUUCACACAUCUCAGCAAUUAGGAAGAGGUAUAGCUGAUGAUGUUGAUUUAGUCACUUGGUUACAUCAUCGUAUUUGGCCUUAUGAAUCCAACAUGACUCCGCAUGAUUCCUACAUUUCCACUUUACUUUGCGGAAUUGAGCUUAUUCACUCCGGUGUGACUUGUUUUGCGGAGGCGGGAGGUCAGCAUGUACCAGAAAUGGCUAGAGCUGUUGAGUUACUGGGCUUGCGCGCCUGUUUGACCGAGUCUAUCAUGGACACUGGUGAGGGUCUACCUGCCUCUUGGGCUAUCCGAACCACUGAUGAUUGUAUUCAGUCCCAGAAGGAAUUGUACAAGAAGUACAAUAAUACAGCAGAUGAGCGCAUCAAGAUAUGGUUUGGGAUAAGGCAGAUCAUGAACUCAACCGAUCGUUUGCUUCUUGAAACUAGAGAUGCAGCUAAAGAACUCAAAACUGGAAUCCAUAUGCAUGUUGCGGAGAUAGAUUAUGAGAACCAUGUUGUUAGAGACACUCGAAAGGUUGAUUAUGGAACAGUUACAUACCUGGAGAAAAUAAAGGUCCUCCAGAGCAACUUGCUGGCUGCUCACACAGUUUGGGUGAAUGAAAAAGAGAUCCAGAUGCUUUCAGAAGCUGGGACAAAGGUGUCUCAUUGUCCUGCCUCGGCCAUGCGCAUGCUUGGAUUUGCACCAAUUAAAGAAAUGCUUGAUGCAAAAGUUUGUGUAUCUUUAGGAACAGAUGGCGCUCCAUCAAAUAAUAGAAUGAGCAUUGUUGAUGAAAUGUAUCUUGCUUCUCUUAUCAACAAAGGCCGUGAAGUUUAUUCAAAAGGAACCACUGAUCCUACAGCUCUUCCUGCGGAAACAGUUUUACAAAUGGCAACGAUAAAUGGGGCAAAGUCAGUACUUUGGGACAGAGAAAUAGGUUCUCUUGAAGUUGGGAAAAAGGCUGACAUGAUCGUGGUCAAUCCUUUCUCGUGGACUAUGGUUCCUUUUCACGACUGCAUUUCCAGCCUUGUAUAUUCAAUGAGAUCUGAAAACGUGAUAUCAGUUAUGUGCAAUGGGCGCUGGAUAAUGAAGGAUCAGAAAAUAUUAAAUGUCAAUGAGGAAGAAAUUAUUUCGAUGGCGAGAUCUGCCUCCACUGAACUCUUGAAGAGGGCAGGCAAUCAGAUUCCAAGUAAAAUGAAUUUUGUUUAGCUGUCGGGUUUCAAGUAUUGCUUAGCAAAUUCUCAAAUGCAUGAAUUAUUAACUUCAUUGUAUCUUUUGUUGUUGUAUUGAUGAUUUGUAGUUUUUGUGUUUUGUUGUAUAAAGUUAUAGUUUAUGUCUGUAUUCGAUUGGAAUUUUAAUAGAUUGUUUUUUAUCAAUGAAUUUUAAUGGAUUGUACUA